AUGGACAUUCAAAUAAUGACUGCGGAAAAUGUGCCAAUACAAAACGAUAAUGUAGUAAUUGCUUCUAUACCACAAAGUGAAUUAGCGAUGUCAAGCAAUUCGUUCAACGAUCCUCCUCCAUCUUUUGCUGAGUCUCAAAGGCAGAAAUAUCUCGAAGAACAAAAUUUUACCCGAAUUCAUCGGAUUCAAAUUACUGAUAAUGGAAUUCUUGAUAAUGGAAUGUUAAAAACCACAUCAACGCCGUCUCGAACUCCAAACCUAAGUAAUGCUUGGGAAUUUGCUGGAUGGGGUUCGACCUAUUAUAUCGAUCUUCCACAAAAUUCUCCCGAGCCUUCAGAAUCAAAACGUGUUUUACUCGGUCAAUGGCGUGCCACUAGUAUAUCCGGAAAUGACCUUGUUGCAUCGGUUCUUUAUACUAUUGGAUUAUGUACAACAGUGGCUGGAAAAUUCGCUCCCAUAUCACUGUUAAUAAUUUCGAUCAUCCUUUAUCCAUUCAAGGGUAUUAUGAACGAAGUUGGUACUGCCUUACCUUUAAAUGGUGGCUCUUACAAUUGUCUAUUAAACACUUCUCCAAAAUGGUUUGCUGCCGUUGCUGCCGCUUUAAGUUUAUUAGAUUAUGUUGCAACAGCUGUUGUUAGUGCUGCAUCUGCUAUAUCUUAUGUCUCCAGACCAUUGAAUUUGUCUGAUUCUGUCAUGUUUUGGCUUACUAUUGGCAUGAUGGUGUUAUUUGCUAGUAUUGUGGCGUUAGGACUUCGAGAAUCUUCUAAUAAUUGGAAAGAUCCUGGCUCUGGAAAUCCAUUACUUGACAUUUUUAAUGGUGUAUGUGUAGGACUUUUAGGGAUCACUGGCUUUGAAACGUCUUCUAAUUACAUAGAAGAUCAAAAACCUGGC